UUCUUCCCGUUCCAAUUUUCCCUUACCUUUUUUCCCACUCCUCUCCGAGGAAACAAGCUUUACUUUUCUGUCAUUUUCUCUCUCUCCAAACGACAAACGCUUCUCUUUCACUCUACACAUACAUUUUUUUUAUAAAUAAAUAAAUAAAUCUUUCACCCUCUCUCUAUAUAUUCAUUCAUAGAUCUCACCAUUUGCCUUCUUCAUUCCACCUCCUUUCUUUUUCAGCUUCAACAGACAAAAAAGAGAAGAGAAAAAGAACCCAAAGGAAGGAAGGUGAAGAGAAAGGAAAAGUAUUGUGAGAGAAAAAUAAGGGAUAAAAAAUGGGUUCAGUUCCACCAGAACUGAGCUUGGAUUUUAGACCAACUUUUGUACCCAAAACGAUUAGUAAUUUUCUCAAGGAGGUUUCAUUGAUCGGAAACGUUUCUGAUAAGGUUUCAAAACUCGAUGCUUUUGUUGAAGGAUUGGAAGAAGAAAUGAGAAAGAUCGAUGCUUUUAAACGUGAACUUCCUCUUUGCAUGCAACUUUUGAAUGAUGCGAUUGCAGCUUUGAAAGAGGAGUCAAUGCAAUGUAUGGCGAGAAAUGUUGAACCAGUUUUAGAAGAAUUUAUUCCAUUGAAGAACAACAAGAAUGAAAAUAAUCGCAGUGAAGAAGAUGGUGCGUUAAUCACCACCAAAAAGGAAAAAGAUUCUAACAGCAGCAACUGCAAUAGUUUUAAGGACAAGAAAAAUUGGAUGAGUUCCGUUCAGCUUUGGAGCACUGAUGAUGAUUAUUGCUCAACCGAUCACAAAGUAGACACUAAGAAAAACGAUGAAGAUCCAUUUCAACGAUGUAAAAUCAGGGGAGGAGCGAGAGCCUUUAUGCCAUUCAAGGCAAAUUUGGGUUUUGCAGUGAGGAAAGAAGAGAAAGAGGGGAUACCAAUUCAUGGACUAACGCUUUUGACUCCUGGAAUCAAGAAUCUGAAAGAAGAAUCAGGUUCCACAGGAUCAAGGAUAAGUUGUAGCAGAGCAGUUUCUUCUUCUGCCCCCAAUGCUCAGUCGAAUUUUCGGUCUGGACAACAGUCGCUGUCCCAUCACCAGCAGCAGCAGCAACAACAGCAGACUGCUAGGAAGCAAAGGAGGUGCUGGUCACCUGAGUUGCAUCGCCGGUUUGUCAAUGCCUUGCAGCAGUUAGGAGGCUCUCAAGCCACUCCAAAGCAGAUUAGGGAACUUAUGCAAGUAGAUGGCUUGACCAAUGAUGAAGUUAAGAGUCAUUUGCAGAAAUACCGGCUUCACACAAGAAGACUUCCACCUUCCACAACCAACGCUGCAAAUCAAUCAGUCGUUGUUUUGGGUAGUGGUCUGUGGAUGUCUCAAGAUCAGUAUGGAGAUUCCUCCAAGGGAAGCAGUUCUGAAUCUGGUUCUCCUCAAGGUCCUCUUCAGUUAGCCACAAACACUGGAGGGACCUCCACUACAGGAGGUGACAGCAUGGAAGAGGAUGAAGAUACAAAAUCUGAGAGCUAUAGCUGGAAAAGCCAUAUUCAAAAACCCGGAAAAGAUGAUGUAUAGCGUUUAUCCACCUUGAAUUUUGCAGAUAAAGUAUACAUGGGAGGAGUCUGUGACCAUAAAAAUUAUUAUAUACUAUUACUAUAUAAUACAUAAAGGAGAAGGAUCUUGGGAAAUGACUGAGGCUGUGAAAUUUUGCAGGAUUAGCUUUCCUUCAAUCUUGAAUUGAAUUUUUGUUUUCUUCCGGAACUAUUACAAAAUUUCCAAUUAUGAUCCAUGUUUUCAUGGAAGAAACAUGAGCACUAUUCCCAUAUUCAUAAAACUAUAGCUUCUCUAUUACUUGCUCAAACACAUUGAACCUCUGUUUGCUAGCUAGCUUUCUACCAUUUUGAGGUUUUAGAAAUGCUCAAUUGAGAUAUUUCCAUUACCAAAUUAUAAUAGCCUCUUUGAUAGUUCCACAAAGUAACCAUCUAUUGCUGGUUGUUCUAUUUACACAUGCACGGUGUACGCCUCCAUUUUCCCACGGAAAGUAUCUCAAUCUUUUCAACAUACGGGCAACAGUCCUAGAAAUGUCCUUGAAGAUUAAGCAAAGCAAACAUCGGCCUUCAAUGGUACAACUAACAACUAAAGAACUUGACCCCUCAUUUUCCUACUGCCCCAUCGGGUGGGUCACUAGGUCAGUGUAUUUAGCUCGGGGGUAGAUUGAUCAUUGAUGGAUGGGUUAUAGUGGUAUUUUGGUAAUUAUAUAGCCCUUUAAGGUCGUUAUGAUACUAACCAGGAUGGGCAUAAGCGUAUGUUGACAUUUAUUAAUUUCCAACGUUUAGAUUGAUGGGUGACAGUGGUUUGGUUGUACAAAAUGACAGCCGAAGAUCCGGAUUUAUCUUGGAAAAGAAUAUUUUAGGGUUCUUAUUCCCUUAUUUGUCUUAUAGUUAUGUACAAUCUCAAUUAUUCUAAGAUGCGGUUUCUUAUAUUUAGUGAAAACUGAAAAGAUAAGUGUGGCAUGUCAACAGUUGGCAUGUGGAACUUCCAGAUUCAGCUCACCAAAAUUCUGUAUCAUUCCCCAAUUGAAGGACUGUUUGGCAAACGAGAAACCUCACCAGAAACGAGUAUGAUCUUGGCCUAAUUUGCAGAU